AUGCCGCGCCUUCGCUAUAACGUUGCAGCAAGUCUCGACGGGUAUAUCGCAUCACCAGAUGGUUCAACAACCUGGAUCAUCGAGGAUCCCACGAUAGACUUCCCCGCGCUGUAUGCCGAAUUCGACUAUUUCAUCAUGGGCCGCAAGACAUACCAAGUCAUGCAAUCUUUCGGCGCUGACAAUCCACUAUCAAAGCACCCCAACGAAUCAGUCAUAGUAGCCAGUCGAACCAUGAACCAGCACCAUUUUCCCGAUGUUACAGUCAUACAACAAAACGUGCUUGAUUACAUCAGACGCCUGAAAACGAAUGACGGGAAGGAUAUCUGGCUUAUGGGUGGUGGUCAGCUCGCAUCCCAAUGUCUGCAAGCUCAGCUAGUGGAUACUGUCGAAAUCGCCGUGAUGCCCACGCUUCUUGGCACCGGAAUAAACCUCAUCUCGUCCAUCCCGCAAAACAUCAAACUUCACCUAUCAAGCAGCACGAGCCUCGGCAGCGGGAUCCUUAUGACUCAAUACAAAGUCAUACAAAACCAAUAA